GGCGACUCUGACAGUUCUCACCACUUGCUGCGGUACGUCAUGUGACCUGCUCUCAAGCAAUCAGCUUGCAAGGAUUUGUUAACUUUCUCAAGCCAGAAUUCCGCAUUGCUGCUCAUCUGACUCGCACGAAGGCGUGGAGGCGACAAGAUUCGGCUGUGGCGAAGUUUAAUAUGAUAUCGAGAUGCUUCGUCGCCUGUCAGCGACGAGCAGCGGGCAGGCGCAGUCGUGCAGGCAGCAGGGAGCGUGCACGAGGGCGCCAGCGUGGGAAGCGUGCGGCGCGCCGCGCUCCAGCAGCACGCGGCUUCGCGGGCGUUCGGCGGCCCACGCGGCGUCGCGCAGCAGCAGGCCUGCCUCCGACAGCAGCACCAUCGCCGGGUCCGCCUCGCUGCCGCAGCACAGUCGCGCCGUAGUCCUCUUUCGCAUUGGUGAAAUUGCAAUAAUGUUUCAUUCUCAAUGUUAGAAUUACAAAUGUUACUGUCAUUGUCGGAACUGAGGAAGGCAAAAACGGGUCGGUAGCUCUCUCUCAAUAUUUCGAGCUCGGUUGAAUUUCCACAGCCAUUUAAAAUGUUUAAAAAUGUGUUAAUUUAAAAUGUAUAUCAUGUGUUAAUGUAACAACUUCAUAUUGUUUUGUAAUAAUUACAAAUAAGAAAAAGGGUAAAUACAGAAUUGUGUAAUAAAAUAUAAUUCCAG